GGCAGGCGGCAGGGGGCGGCGGGCCGGGCAGUGGGGAAGCAGGGAGGAAGCCAGGCGACCUGCUCUGCGCUUCUUUGUUCCCCUCUAGGGUGACGGAGCUGCUCCCCCCGUUCCAGAGACUCAUCCAGCCGGAGGAGAUGUGGCUCUACCGGAACCCCUACGUGGAGGCGGAGUAUUUCCCCACCAAGCCGAUGUUUGUUAUUGCAUUUCUCUCUCCACUGUCUCUGAUCUUCCUGGCCAAAUUUCUCAAGAAGGCAGACACAAGAGACAGCAGACAAGCCUGCCUGGCUGCCAGCCUUGCCCUGGCUCUGAAUGGCGUCUUUACCAACACAAUAAAACUGAUCGUAGGGAGGCCACGCCCAGAUUUCUUCUACCGCUGCUUCCCUGAUGGGCUAGCCCAUUCUGACUUGAUGUGUACAGGGGAUAAGGACGUGGUGAAUGAGGGCCGAAAGAGCUUCCCCAGCGGACAUUCUUCCUUUGCAUUUGCUGGUCUGGCCUUUGCUUCCUUCUACCUGGCAGGGAAGUUACACUGCUUCACACCACAAGGCCGUGGGAAAUCUUGGAGGUUCUGUGCCUUUCUGUCACCUCUACUUUUUGCAGCUGUGAUUGCACUGUCCCGCACAUGUGACUACAAGCAUCACUGGCAAGAUGUACUAGUUGGAUCCAUGAUUGGAAUGACAUUUGCCUAUGUCUGCUAUCGGCAGUAUUAUCCUCCUUUGACUGAUGCAGAAUGCCAUAAACCAUUUCAAGACAAACUUGCACUUCCAACUGCACAGAAGAAGCCUGGGGAUUCUUAUUGUUUUGAUAUUUAAAAAUUGAAUCUGGCUGGGCAUGGUGGCUCAUGCCUGUAAUCACAACACUUUGGGAGGCCGAGGAGGGUGGAUCACCUGAGGUCAGAAGUUCGGGACCAGCAUGGCCAACGUGAUGAAACCCCGUCUCUACUAAAAAUACAAAAAUUAGCCGGGAGUGGCGAUGUGCCUGUAAUUCCAGCUACUCGGGAGGCUGAGGUAGGAGAAUUGCUUGAACCUGGAGGCGGAGGUUCCAGUGAGCCAAGAUCGUGCCACUGCACUCCAGCCUAGGCAACAGAGCGAGACCCUCCUCAAAAAAAAAAAAAAAAAAUUGAAUCUACCUUAAUGGAAAACAGGUGAACUAGCCCUCCUAACUGGACCAUGCACAAGACAAGAAAUUCUGGCCUUUUUUUCCUCUUCCAAGGUGCAAGUGAGGACAUAAGCUACACUGUAUUCUGCCUCCAAAUGAUUACACAUUUUUGUCCCUGCUCACACAGAUCUAUCUUGAGGAGUUACGGUUCUUUUCUACUACUGUAUGCCAUACAUUCUAGUAAAAGGAUCUUUCAAAGGUGUCCAACACCUUAUAAAUCUGGUCUAUCAGAUUGAUAUCCGAAGAUCUACAGUGUUUUUACAUUUAAUUUAAAUGCCAUUCUUAGAAAGAUCUUGUCACAAAGAAGCCUUUACAUAGCCCCAUCUUAUCUCAGAAGCUAAUUAUCAAAACUUAAUUUCCAUUUCGUAUAGCUCAAGAUCUUAAAAUCUAGGACAUGGCCAACUAAAUUACUUUGAUUCUGUUUACCUUCUCUGAUGACAAUUCCAUCAAGCCUUAAAUAGGAAAAUGUUGAAUCUGGGGUAAUUUAUCACUUUUGUGCACAUCUUAUCUGAGUCCAGCCAUCUGGUACUGCUGUACAUUUUGAACACCGUGGGUAUAAACAAUUUGUUGAAUUACUAAGUGAACACAAUAAUAAAGAAGAAAAUGGUCAGGAGUGUGGUUUCAGCACUACUAACAGAUGACUGUUUCUACCUCAUUUAACCAUAACUGUGCUCGUGAGCUUCCUUCCUUCCAUUCAUGACUGAAGAUCUGCUCAAAUGCACCAACACUGCCAAGUGACUAAGGCAGAAAAGAAAAAUGACAGGUAUCAUCAUCUGAAGGACAGAUGAAUCUUUUUCUGCCUCUUCCUCACAAUGGGAUAUAAGGAACAAUUACAGGAUGUCAUCAGAACUGAUGCUGUAGGACCUACAGCUCCCUUUCUCUUUAUUGUGAUUGUACUUUAAAUAUGACCUUGUCUUUUAUGUGUAUCUUCCUGUAUUUUCAAUAUAUCUAUCUUUUUCCUUCAGUAAACCUGAUAUUCAAAUAAAA